AUGCCGGUGUCAACGCUUUUGAUAGAAGGCUCCUUCGCCGAACUUGCUGAGGAACUUGCGCAAUACCUUGAUACCCUUGACGAAGGUGCAGGAAUUGCCAACAGUAUUGAAUCUGAACUUGGGCAGAUCCGGGAGGCAGAGUCGCAGGAAACAGGCAAUACAUCUGGUCAAAAGGCCAAGGACGAUGUGUUGAAGAAGAUCAUUACGAAGGCCACGACGUUGAAUAAAGCGCCAGAGAGAGAAUUCUCGGCUGCAUAUAACCUUCUCAUUAACCUAUGCCUGCAGUCGCCUGCACAAGAGGGCUUCUUCGCAAGGUUAUGUCAAUAUCUGUCUGACCAGCCAGUAGCACCAAACUCUACGUAUGGACCAUCACUUGCUAUCUCGACACUGACAACAAUAUUUAACGUCCUGCCUCUUACAAGUGAGGCAAGAUACCACGUUUUCCUUGCCAUUCUCAAAGUGAUAAAGGCUACAAACUCUGCGCAAGCAUUCGAGGCUCUUGUUCCACAGCUGGAACAGAAUGUCCCUAACUGGUUGUCAGCAUGGCAAUUGGACGAGGAGGAUGCGCAGAAUUUGCACACAACUAUUGCAGACGUCGCAACGGCACAGGGCUUUCAUAAUCUGAGUUAUCAGUAUCUGCUCAAGGCACUGGAGACCAUACCACCAAAGGCAGCCUCAGAAGAAGAUUCGCAGUCUCUGGCUAAAAGAACUCUAAUCACAGCACUGACCAACCCCUCAAUCACCGACUUCACGCCCCUCACUGCUUCAGAUGCUAUCCAGGCUCUCAGAAAGACCGACAAUGACCUCAUUGAACUUCUUGACAUCUUCACUUCUGACGAUUACGAAGAAUACUCGAGGUUUAUCUCCAACCACUCUUUGUCAUCCUUGGAUAUCCCAGAAUCGGCCGAAGAUUCUCUUACCACAAAGAUCCGUCUUCUGACACUGGCUAGUGUAGCUGCUGCUUCGCCAGACAGAUCAGUCUCGUAUACAGAUAUUGCCUCGUCUCUGAAGGUUCCUGAUGAGGACGUCGAAAUAUGGGUCAUAGAUACGAUACGUGCAGGUCUUGUGGAAGGGAAGCUGUCUCAGUCGAAACAACAGUUCCUUGUACAACGAGCGACGUAUAGAGUUUUUGGCGAGAAGCAGUGGGGCGAGAUUCAGAAUCGCUUGAUGGUAUGGAGAAGGAGUCUAGAGGGCGUGCUCGGUGUGGUGAGGAGUGAGCGAGAGCGAUUCGCACGAGAAGGCGUGAAUGGAUAUGAGGACAGACCAAACGGUUACGAUGGGCAACAGAGACGACAGGGCGGCAGACGGCAACAACAACCACGGGAAAUUGAUAUCGGUGGUGAUUAA